AAAUCUCCCCACCAUGAACUCCAAAGUAAUUUUUUUCGUAUGUGCACUUUGCUCAUCCGUUUUGUCAUCUCAAGAUGGAGCAUUUGGUCACGGAAAUCAUCGGCCACUGAAUGAUGCAGAUGCUUUGACUGCAAUAAAACCAGUUUGUGAAACUGACCGUCAUGGCAACAAGUACAUACCAUGUCCCAUCCAUGACAUAAAUGACCCUCGCAACUGGCCAUGUAUCAAACUGGCUGAUUUGUGUAAUGGAAAAGCUGAUUGUCCAAACGGAGACGACGAAAACUACUUCCAAUGUUUCUAUCAUAGAGCUAGAAGCGAGGAGUAUCGUAGACUGAUGAAGAUGCUCGAAGAAAUUAAAGGAAAAUAACACUUAUACGAUUGUUUAAUUUCUUUUUAAAUUUUUUGAAUUGUGUUUAAUCAAAUUUGUUUUUAACUCCUCAUCAAUCGCUUCUUUCAAUGUUUUCUUAUGCAGCCUAUUUAUAACAUCAACAAAUAAUUCAUGCAUCCGUACUCUUCAUUACUACUAUAAUAAGCUUACUUUGUUUUGUGACGAACCUAAUUUACAAAAAUAAACAAUUUUGUAAAC